AUGGGAAAUGGCUCCGUGAAACCCAAACAGUCCAAGAUUCCAGAUGGCCAUGCUGGGAAAUUGUCAGGCACAAUUGAUGCUCUUCGGAGCAAAGUGACAGAAUUGGAAAGGGAGCUGAAGAAGAAGGAUGAUGAGCUACAGCAGAGGGAGUACCAUCUGAGGGAGCUGCAGGAAAAGCUCUCCAAGCAGACAAUCGCUCUUGCUGAGAUCACUGAGGAACUCCAAAACAAGUGUAUCCAGCUGAACAAGCUUCAAGAUGUGGUUAACAUUCAGGGAGGAAACUCACUUCUAUUUUCUCCAUACAAAGUGCCUCUUCAGGUCAAUCGAAGGACCUCAGGCUUAGUCUCUCUCCACAGCAGGAGAGGUGCCAAGGAAGGAGUAUCUGCUGAACCAACCACCAGGACCUUUGCAGAAUUUUCAUUUGAGAAAGCAAGAGUCAGGAAAGACUCGAGUGAUAAGAAGCUCAUCACAGAUGCCCUGAAUAAAAAUCAGUUUUUGAAGAGACUAGACCCUCAGCAGAUCAAAGACAUGGUGGAAUGUAUGUACGGAAGAAAUUACCCACAAGGCAGUUAUAUUAUUAAACAAGGAGAACCAGGAAAUCAUAUUUUUGUAUUGGCAGAGGGAAGACUAGAAGUAUUCCAAGGGAACAAGCUUCUGUCCUCAAUUCCUAUGUGGACAACAUUUGGCGAACUAGCCAUUUUAUACAACUGUACAAGGACAGCUUCAGUAAAAGCUAUCUCCAAUGUGAAGACAUGGGCACUAGAUAGAGAAGUAUUCCAGAAUAUUAUGAGAAGAACAGCUCAAGCUCGGGAUGAACAAUACAGACAGUUCCUUAGGAGUGUAUGUUUGCUGAAGAACUUACCUGAAGACAAACUAACCAAAAUCAUUGACUGCUUGGAAGUGGAAUACUAUGACAAAGGAGAUUACAUCAUCAGAGAAGGGGAGGAAGGAAGCACCUUUUUCAUUUUAGCAAAAGGAGUGGUAAAAGUCACUCAGAGUACAGAAGGUUAUGAUCAACCUCAGUUGAUUAAAACACUGCAAAAAGGUGAUUACUUUGGAGAAAAGGCUCUCAUCAGUGACGAUGUCAGGUCAGCUAAUAUCAUUGCAGAAGAAAAUGAUGUGGCAUGCUUGGUUAUUGAUCGCGAAACAUUCAGCCAAACAGUUGGGACCUUUGAGGAACUCCAGAAGUAUCUUGAGGGAUAUGUGGCGAACUUGAAACGUGAUGAUGAAAAAAGGCAUGCCAACUAUAAAAAGAACAGAUUUGGCCACCGGAAAGUGAUUGUCUCCCCCCUGGGUAGUGAUUCAGCAUCAAUUGUGCUGGCUGGUAACAUUCAACACUUCUGCACUUCUAAUUUGUCCAUCACAUAUAGCCCAAGUGUUAAAGUGAAAAAUGAGAAUGUGGCCUUUGCUAUGAAGUGUAUAAGGAAGAAGCACAUUGUUGAUACUAAGCAACAGGAACAUAUCUAUUCAGAAAAGAAGAUUCUGGAAGAAAUGUGCUCUCCAUUUAUUGUUAAGUUUUAUCGUACUUUCAAGGACAGAAAAUAUGUGUAUAUGCUCUUGGAGGCCUGCUUAGGUGGAGAACUGUGGAGUAUCCUAAGGGACAGGGGCAGCUUUGAUGAGCCCACUUCUAAGUUCUGUGUUGCCUGUGUGACAGAAGCAUUUGAUUACUUGCAUCGCUUGGGCAUUAUCUACAGGGAUUUAAAGCCAGAGAAUUUAAUUCUAGACGCCGAAGGAUAUCUUAAACUGGUUGAUUUUGGAUUUGCUAAGAAGAUUGGAUCUGGACAGAAAACAUGGACAUUCUGCGGGACCCCAGAGUAUGUAGCUCCCGAAGUCAUUCUCAACAAAGGGCAUGACUUCAGUGUGGAUUUUUGGUCACUAGGAAUUCUAGUCUAUGAACUGCUGACUGGCAACCCUCCAUUUUCUGGGAUUGACCAAAUGAUGACUUAUAAUUUGAUUCUCAAAGGAAUUGAGAAAAUCGAUUUUCCUAAGAAGAUAACAAGGCGCCCUGAAGAUCUGAUUCGGCGGCUUUGCAGGCAAAAUCCUACAGAAAGGCUGGGAAACCUGAAAAAUGGAAUCAAUGACAUUAAGAGGCACAGGUGGCUGAAUGGCUUUAACUGGGAGGGACUGAAGGCAAGAAGCCUGCCGUCACCCUUAAAAAGGGAGCUCAGUGGGCCCAUAGAUCACAGCUACUUUGACAACUAUCCACCUGAGAAAGGAAUCCCCCCAGAUGAAGUGUCGGGUUGGGAUAAAGACUUCUGA